AACGCCUGGACACGUGCCCGGAUGGCACUUCGUGUACACUAACCUAAGGCAUACUCGUUACAGUAACUACAAUAGCCUGUGUCACUGUUAAUCUAAUAAUAAAAUAAAAUAUAAUUCUUCUCUGAGUCGUUUGUCUAAAUAUAUUUUUUGACCAUCAGCUUGCCCUUAAUUCUACAUUCAGUCUUGUGAAUAAGUAUGGCAGUAGAAUAAAGUUAUCUAGGGGCUAGACACUUGUAACAAAUCCUGAGUGGGUGAGAAAUAGUGCAGUUAUUGUAAAUUAGUAUAUGGUUAAACUGCGAAGAUGGAUUUUAGACUGGUAAAUAUCUAACUUUAAGCUGCGCCUCAGUGGUAGAGCAGAAGGAACGAUGGUCAAGUCGUUAUAAGCAUUGUCACAGACGUUGUGCUCCUCCUGUGAGAUAUCAAAAUAAUAAUCUUUCUCCCGAGUAGUCUGUGUCACUAAUGUUUAUUUCAUCUUUAUCAGAUGUUUUAAAGUUCAGUAAUUUGAUGUCAAGAUUGAAAAUUCUACUCACUGCCUUAAACUAGGAUGAACAAGAUCAAAGACAGUGAGUUUAUUUUAAAAGCGAAGAAGUUGAGAGAAAUGCCCAAAUAACAAUAUUUCAUGUUCUCCAGCAGAAGGCAAAAAGUUGUAUUAAAAAUUUAGUUAAAAUGCAGUUGCAUCUCUUGUCUGGCAAUCUCCUUCCUUCACUUGGUCCUACUCCUUACUUUGGGCAGCACUAACUAAGCAUGUGAUAUUUAAAGGACCAAAAAAUGAGAGACUUCCUUUAUUAUAUUAUCAUAAUGGCUGUCAAAAAAAUUGUGGUACAUUGCCUUCUGCAGCCUCUCAGUAAAAAUUGAUAGUCUACUUUAUUUCUUAAUUAUUUUUAUGCCAAUGAUCAAAAGCAGAAGUAAAAGUUCUCCGCAAAAACACGUAGACAAAGUGACUUUUCAGAAAUAAAGCAAUCAAUAGCAGGGAAUUCAAAGGCAGGGUUUUUAAUCUGUAAUGAGAAAACAUUCUUUAUUUUUUUUAAACUUUGCAGGCAAUUAUCGUUAUUCAGUUGCUUGGCUGGGUUUUUUUGCCUGUCUAUAUAGCUGGAGGGGUGAGUAUGGACUAGCUGAGCUUAGUUUUCAGCUACAAAAUUAACCCACGUUUUAUGUAAUAAUGACCUGGUGUCUGAGCUUUAAAACUGGGUGGGUUGGCAACUGCCACGCCCCUACUCAAAUGAUUCUGUUUUAGCAAAGUAUAAUGUAAACCAGGUAGUCACUAAGGCUAAUUUUUACAAGCAUUGGAGUCAGAGUCACAGUCAGAAGUGCAGCAGCCUAGAGCAUUACAAUGAUCUAUUGAGGAAGACAGCAUUCUAAUUCUGUUAAAAAUCUAGUAAGAGGUAGCUUGUUGGAUCCUUGACAAGUAGAAGCAGAAGCAGAAGAACUGUACUAAUUAAAAAUUACCUAUCACAGUUUGUGGAAAACAUUGUGAUGUUGGUCUAUUCCUUUGCUUGUGCUUCCAAAUCAGGCAAUGUCAGGGGUUUUCGUUAGAUUGUAAGCUACAGAGACAGAAGAAAAAGCUCUGAUUCUUGUCACUCCAGUUGCAUCUAAGUCCAGCUGUUUAUUUUCACUAGAUCAUAACUUAAUAAGAAUUAUGAACUGACUCCGUCGAUAGUGAAAACAAGCCUUAAGUUGAGAAUUAAGUUUCUGAUGGUGCUGACUUGAAUCUGUCUGUUAAUUCUCAAAUUGUAUAGCAAUAUUUUUUCCUUUUCUUUUUGUAGAUUUGCACCUUACCAGAAUACAUUUCUCGUCGCUAUGGUGGCAAGAGGCUGAGAAUGUGGCUGUCUGUUGUUUCCCUUUUACUGUACAUCUUCACUAAAAUAUCUGUAAGUUGGCAUUCCACAGUACCAACAAUACAGUCAACUGCCUCUGAAUGGACACCUCCAUAAGACAGAAUUCUGUAAAAUGGAUACCUAGAGUUGGUUCCUGCCUUUCUGUAUUCACUUUAUAUGAUUCUCUUUAAGACAGACAUCUCUCUAAGACGGACACUUUUAAGUGCCAACCCCAGAGGUGUCCGUGCUGGGCAGAUCAGAGUUGACUGUAAAACUGAGGAUGAAAACUGAAGCAAAGAUUAUCUCUUAUUUGGGUUGGUUUGACUGAAACUAAAGCUGUUUUGUAUCUUACGUCAGGUCAAUUUAUUUUCUGGGGCAUUGUUUAUUCGAUUGGCUCUUGGAUGGAACCUGUACCUGGCCAUUUUGUUGAUGCUUGGAAUGACCUGCCUCUGUACAAUUACUGGUGAGUUAAAUUUUCCUUCUAUGGUUUGUUUCAAGUGUUUCCUCCAGAACCUUAACAGGUGGUAUGUCUUUAGUUAAAGCUACAUUAUUAAAACAGCAACAAAAAUGUGCAACUGCAGAACGAGUUGAAAAUCCUUGUUCAAACUUGUCUUGUGACAAAUCAUGUUGUUGCAAGAAUACUGACUUCUGAUGGGAUAAAAUUAUGAGGGGGCAUGCCAUACACUAGCCUGUACACAGACGUUGCUUUAUUUUUCUUUUUGAUAAUCAGCGAGUGUGUGAGAGUGAAGGCGAAGCGCAACAAUGAGCAUGGAGCACAAGAAAGAAAAAUAAAGAACGUCUGUAGCCAUCUUUGGGAAAAAGAGGUUUAUUAAGUCCCUCCCCCACAUGUCAACACCUUAUCGUUAUCACCUCUGCGUUUGAAGUACCAAUUAAAUUGGACCAAUGAUCAUUGAUAUCAAUGGAUAACUUGCAUUAUGGAAUCAUAUCAUACAUCAAACAUUCAAAUUUUACUUCGGGGUGGCAGCAUGCUGAUGGCUAUUUUUGAAUAAAUGGCUUGAAAAACACUGUCAACACCAAUUCAAAGUAGACAGACUGCAAAUUAUAGUAGUUGCUAAAAAAAUAUAUCUACGUGUCUCAACUGUUCUUCAGUAGGAUGCCUAAAAUGCGUGCAAUUCCACAAGUGGUUUCGGCUCCAUUAAAUCCUAUACCUGCAAUUGCAGAACAUUUUAGGAGGAGCCACCCACCGUGUGUUAUAUUUCUCUUUUCAGGUGGAUUAACAGCAGUUAUUUACACAGACACACUUUGUACUUUUCUGAUGGUUGUAGGAUCACUCACAGUUAUGGGAAUUGGUAAUGAUUUUGUUUUUUUUUUGUUUUGCAAUAAAAUGAAACAGAAAUCCUAGCAUUAAUUUUUUGCUCACCGUUUUAAAAUCAGCCAUGAACUAAAUAACUUCCACUAAUGUUUACUAGCUUGUUACAGCAGAAAAGAAAGGUAAAUGCUCUUGAAAAUUUUUGUGUUGAGAAGUGAUACAUUGAUAUGUUGAAAAUUAAGACUGUGCAAUAAUUAAUAUACUGAGUGUCUGUGUUCUUCUGGGUGAGCCCAUCAGUUGAGUGAAGGUUUCAUGAGCUGCUUUAUCAGCUUUUUUGUCUGAAAAGAUGUGCAACUAAUUAAAAGAAACCUACUUUUUCAAGAGGCCUUCCACCUCUGCGGUAAGACCAAACUAAGCAGAGAAGUUAUAACUACUUCAGUAGUAAAUAUAUGAAACCAUACUCACAAAGCUUUGCCUGUGGAUUGAAAAAUUAUUUCAAGCCCUGUAGUACAGUCAACUCUCUCUAAGACGGACACCUUUGGGACCGGCACUAGCUGUCCAUCUAAGAGAGAUGUCCGUCUUAUAGAAAGUCAAAUAGAGGGAGUAAAGAAAGGCAGAGAGUAACUCUAGGUGUCCGUUUUACAGAGGUGUCCAUCUUAUAGAGGUGUCCGUUAAGAUAGAGUCGACUGUAGUGUUUGUUUUAAUGUUGCUACACCUUUUUCUAAUGCUACAUUGAAAAUGCAGGGUGUGUUCCAUUGGGAUGAUUCAAAUUGGGAUCAGUGAUCCAAGAUCCCUUGGAUCAUAGCAUGUCAAAGGAACCAAUAAAUUAAUCUACCCUGACAAAGAAUUCAUUGCUGGCCAUGGGUUCAUUUGAUGUACCAUGAGCAGAGUGAUCAGAUCCUAAUCUGGAUCAUCCCAAGGGAAUGAACCGGUACAAAGAGCACUGCUCUGAUUUUUUUUGCUGUAACAGGAUUUUCUGAAGUUGGUGGUUAUGAAGGACUGAAAGACAAAUACAUGAUGGCAGUGUCAAAUGAUACUCUGUACUCAAACAGUAGCUGUGGUCAGCCGAGAGAAGACUCAUUUGUGAUGCUGCGUGAUCCUAUCAACUCCGACAUGCCUUGGGCAGGGUUCAUUUUUGGUCAAACAAUUGCUUCAAUUUGGUACUGGUGUGCUGAUCAGGUCAGUUUUGUACCAUUCAGUGAAAUAUUUUAUAUGAUCUCAAAUUUACAUUUUUGCCUUGCAUUAUUUAAUGAUAUUUCCCAAAAUACCAUAUUAUUCAUUUACUAUUACUUUAUUGGUGCUGAAAGGAUUUGCCCGGCCAUACCCCUCCCGGAGGUUUUUUCAGGUUUAAGACCCCCUCCCCUCAUACUGUAAAAUCCUGUCUGUAAAGCAUCCAAUCAGAAUGCACCAUUUAGCCUGGAGAAGUGCUUGCUAUAAUAUGUCUGUUACUUGACCCUAGGUUAUUGUUCAGAGAGCUCUUGCUGCCAAGAGUUUGUCGCAUGCUCAGGGAGGCUGUCUGUUAGCUGGUUACAUUAAAGUCCUACCACUUUUUACUUUGGUGAUGCCAGGGAUGAUCAGUCGAGUUUUGUCACCAGGUAAGGCAGUGAAGAAGCAGCGCAGAUGAAUUAUAACAUAACAUUCAAAGAGAUUAGAGACAAGGGACUCCUUGUGUUCAAUAAAAGUGGGCAAAGGACUGGGGGAAUUCUCAUGUGAAAUGAUGGUAGUUGGAAUAGGACAGAGAAUUCCCCAGAAUGCAAUUAUAGCAAUACAAUGCGUAAGCAAUAGGGGAAUCCCCAUUGUGUGAUGGAAGUGGGGUAAAGGUUAGGGGAAUCCCCUUAGUAUGAUGGGUGAGGGUGAAGGACACGAGAAUCCCUGUGCUUUGAUAAAAGUGGAGAACUGACUGGAAAUUUCCCUUAACUAAGAUGGAAGUAGGCGAAGGGCAGGGGAAUCCCCGCGAUAUUACUUUUGUGGGGGAAGGAUGGCCUAGAUGGUGGCCUUGAAGGUAUGGUUAUUAUCAAGAAAGGAAAACAGCCCAAUUUACUUGAGGUGGGCUGUCAUUGUCAGCUUUGGGGAGUAGUUUAUGAUGCAUGGGAUGGGAUGUUAGUGUAAAAAACAAACAAACAUUUCCAGAUUAUAUAUCUGCAGAGAACUACAUCUCUGUCUAUCUCAAUAAAAUUUAUGUUUUUCCUUUUUUUUUGUGAAACGCCACAUUUCCAAUGCCAUUAGAGAACACUGAACAGGAUAAUGAUACAGAGGGCAUACAGGCUUUUGCCACCACAACUGCCACCUGUAAUGUAGUGCUUCCUGAAGUUAAGCUUUUUGUGUCCGUAAUCCUUCUCUCCAGGUUGCUGUUUUGUAUUUGUGGCAUGUUUGUAGCCAGCAUUCAUUUGGACUUCCACUAAAAGAGAAUGCAUAGAAUGCUGCAUCUGAUCAUGUGUGUUUAGACAGGUCUUCUAUUAUUUGUUAUCUGAUCACGCGCCUUUUGACCUUCUAUCACAUGAAAUUUAUGCAAAGCACAGCAUUGGAGCAAAAGUAUUUUGACCUCUACGCUCCCAGCUAACAAUUGUUAUUACUAGUUUGAUACGUAUGCCCCUCUCACCAUAAAAUAAGGUAGUACCCUCUAGCCAGAAGGCACCCUGGAAGUCUAUAGUUAUGAAUUUUGUCUUUCCUUGGUGACAGACCGAGUUGCCUGCAGUGUUCCAGAGAAAUGUAUGGAAAUUUGUGGCAGUGAAGUUGGUUGUACCAACAUUGCAUAUCCAGAACUUGUUCUAAAACUGAUGCCAACAGGUGAGAAAUACCAGCCCCUCUGUAUAGUUUACUGUUGUGCAUACUUGUAGCUACCUUAAUCAAGACUGAAAACACAAAAUGCCUCCACUGGGUCUUUCAGAUAUUUACUACAUUGUCGCCCUUAAUCGUCAUUGGUAUAAAAACAGAACAUUCCAUGGUGUAAAUAACAUGUUGCAAAUAAUAAAUGUAAGGAGACAAAUGGGAUCAUAAAAAAUACAACUAUACAUAUUCAUUCUUUUCCCUCUGCGAUUACUGUUUUCUAACAUUUAAAAUUCUACGGACGUGAAUCGUGUUCUAUUAAUAGAAUUAUUGUUCAUGAAAUUGAACAACAAGGUGAUGUUGGGUUUUCAAGAAAAUCAAUGCUCAAUUCUUGUACAGUGCACUUGACCUGCUGAAAGCAUAAAUAAAUGGGUGGAGGGGAGGGUUGAGUUCAUUAUCAGGACCAAUUUGUGAAAUUGUUACACUCAUUUGGUCAAGGAAAUUUAACAAUUGUCAAGAAAAGUCGUGGAAUCUCAACAACUUCUGGCUGUGACAACCAUGUUUAAAUACAACCUUAAUGUUACAAAAAAAACUUGAACAGGUCUAAAAAAGUGAUUGCAUUUAGUGUUAAUAGUGUAAGAACAAAAACUCUGAAUGGUUAGCUCAAUUAGUCGGGUAACAGACUUAAAAACUGUAGGCUCAUGCAGGUUUGAUUCCUGCUGAACCAUUACUUUCAAGGUUUUAAGAAAUAAGGGGACAUCGGUGGACAGUUAAUAGUGGGUUAGGGGAGGGGGGUGUGGGUAGUUAACAGUGACUUAAUGGAGGGAAGGGUCGGUGGGCAAUUUCCCAGCAUCCUCUGCCGAUCGUGAUAAUUGAGGAAAUUGUGCUGACUUUGUGUCACAUCUCCAAAUGGUUAGACAUUCAAGUCUACUUGAAUAAAUAAGAAAGGCCACAGGCCCAGUCUCACAGUAUUUAACAUAAUAGGGAGUUUAAAAUAACAUGGUGGCGAAACUUAAAAAGUGGCUUCACAUUCUUUAAAAACUUCAACACGUUCAUCCUAUCCCGCUCACUUUUUCUAAUGUAGGCAACUCUCCUGGAGUUGCAUUCCGAAGAAAAAUAUGCAGGUUUUUUAAAAAAAAUUGAGAAAUUCGUUGUCGUUUACAAUACUGAUCGUUUCACGUCGUAGUCCUACAAAGUGCGCUGCACGUACAAAGUUGUUGUUCAAGGUACCAGACGAACUGUGCGAAAAUUUAGACAUCAGAUCUUGCCGUUCAAAAAUUGUGAACGUCAAAAUCAGGAUGGGUGUAGUGUUCUGUGCAUGGGCGAAAAGUAAAACCAUUGACAAAAGCUUAAAUUCAGCCUGGUUCAUCUGUGUGAACUGAGCAAGAAUAUUGAACGGUUCCGUGUUUUGCCGCCCAGUUAACUUUUUCAUCCGGUUGAAAAUUCGUCCGACGCCGUGUGAGCGUAGCCUAAAACUAUUUUGCGUCUUCUUGAGGUGACAUCUUAAAAUACCUGUGUCUGACUGUUGGAUACAAAAGAACUACAGUCGAACACUAUUGACUAACGGCCACCUCUUUACAACAUUUGCACCUUACAUUGUGUAAGGUGCAAAUUCACUUGUAAACUGGCGUUUAUUUGGACGAAACAAAC